AUGGUGCUCGGGUUCGCCUUGUUCAUUGCUGGAGUGGUCCCAGCCGCCUAUAAGCCCCCAGCCUGCCCGUCUCCGUCUUCAUCCUCGAGCAGCAGCAGCUCUUCCUCCUCCAACUCCGGAAACUACGACACCGGAUACAACACCGGAUACAACACCGGAUACAACAAGGGCUUCAACAAAGGAUACGACACGACGUUCAGGUCAAGCUACAAUGACGGAUACAACUACGGAUACAACUCCGGAUACAACAAGGGAUACUACAAUUACGGAUACAACUCCGCUUACUCCAGCAUCAACAACGGAUACUCCUCCUAUGACUACACCAGCACCCUGUACUCCACCGCCUACUACACCGGGAAAAGCGGAGCAUACAGCUCGAGCGCCUUGUCGGGGCAUAGCUAUGACUACAACUCUGGAUACAACUCCGGAUACAACUCCGGAUACUGCAACGGAUACGACCAGGGAGACGCGUUGACCACCUACAGGCUAGCGUACAACUCGGGCUUCAACGCGGGCUUCAACUCGGGGUACAACACCGGUCAUAGCAUUUAUGACACCUACGGCUAUUCAGGCUACUACAACACAGGCUAUUACUCGGGCUACUACAACAGCGACAGAGCAGACCAAUCCUCAACCUCGGACUACAAUCAAGAUAUGCCCUCGGCGUACAACUCGGGCUACAACGCGGGGUACUACAGCGGCUCCUACUCACAGACGUCGAGCUCAUACGGAAGCAGCAGCAGCAGCAGCAGCAGCAGCAGCAGCAGCUCAUAUUCAUACAAAUACUAUUACUCAAGUUGUUACAGUGACAACAGUGAGGCAAAGUCUUUCCUCGUUUUCUUAGGAGUAUGGGGAAUCGUUCCUGGUAUCUUCACUCUCGUCUUCGGAGGUCUUGGGAUCGCGUUCAGCCGCAUGCGAACGAAGCUGCUGGGAGGCUUUCACCUCGCGUACCUGAUCAUUGACAUCCUUUUGUUGAUGACUAGCAUGAUCAUUUCCUUCUACUUCGGAUUGUUUGCCUCAGUGGUUUGUGAUGAAUACGAGAUAUACGGCAAGUUCUGCUCGACAUUCACUGGCAGUGCAUGGGCGAUCUUUGUAUUCAGCUUCAUGCUCUUCGUUGUACAGCUCACGUCUUCAAUCAUCAUGUGCUCGCUAUGCUGUCAUCCCGACGAAUGGACAACAGGCAGCUCGACUCCAGCUCAUGAUAUGGAGGCUCAAAUGCCUGUGGCAAGCGUUGCAUUUGCCAAGCAUGAACCCAGCCCUGCUGUCCAGCCGAAGGGAGUUGCAGCGUCGAAGUCGGAGACGAGCAAACCUCGGGUCGACGGCCCUCCUCCCGUUUCAGCUCUGAGCAGCCAGCCAUUUACCCGCGAGCAUCCUGCUGCAAGCGAGUCGUCCGUAAGCGCUUCCUCGUCGGAAUCUGAUGUUUGA